AUGGCGAAGGAGAAGGUUGUCAAUCUACUAUUCCUCAGCCAAGGAGUUGCAAGCCUGGAUCGCAGUGAAACAACCGAGCACGUACACCUCCUCGCGGCACUGAACUACUAUUCCCGCAUCCGCUUCAUCACCAACCUGCUCCCCCUCAUCCGGGGCUCCCGCACCCUACGCCGCGUCGUCAGCGUGGGCGGGGGCGGCCACGAAGGGCCUAUCGACGCGAGCGACCUCCCCGCCCUCCGCGUGCCGCUCCCCGAGCUCCGCGGACACCUCACCACGCUGGUCACCCUCGGGCUGGAGGCCGUGGCGGCUUCUGCUCCCGAGGUUAGCUUCGUCCACGACUACCCGGGCACGGUGCGGACGCGGAUCACGAGCCACCUCCCCGAGGAGGUCUUGAAGACUCUCGUCUUCGUGCCCAUCGAUGAGGUCGGCGACAGGCACUUGUACCUGGCGACGAGUGCGCGAUACCCAUCGGCGACGGGCGAAGGCGAUGCUGUACCCCUGGGCGAACAGGUCGGCGUGGCGCUCGGCACAGAUGGGGUCGCUGGUGGUGGACUCUACUCAGUCGCUUCAGAUUGCGAGGGAACGGCGCAAGGCGUGCGGGACCUGCUGGCUGGAUUGAAGGACAGGAGGCUGGUGGACGUGGUCUGGGCUCACACCGAGACCGAGUUCAAACGCAUCACGGGUGAUUAG